ACCUGGGGACCCUCCCACUCUAGUUUACAAGGCUGAGUGGAGAAUGGGGUGUGCCCUUACUGAGAGCACAGCUGGUGUGCUACAGUCACACGGGCAUCAGUGCUGGGCCUGGGCCCAAAGGCUUUGUAAAUGGUCUUUAUGAAUGGAAGAGGAUUUUUCUGGAAUCAUUCCAAGAGAUCAUAUUCAAGUAUUACUAGGCUCAGGAGGGAGACUUCUGUGGAGAGAGACAUCUUUAUUAUUCUUGGGCUAUAUGGGUCAAGACAAGGGCCUGAGGUGGCAGAGACUGGCUUUGUCCCCCCACCCCCUAGAUUCCUUUGGAUCAGGUUCACCUGCUGGGACUGUGCCAGCUGGGGAGGCUGGUACAUCUUUAAUGAAGUCACCUGAUAUCUCCGGACAGGCUCUGGGCCUCACCAAGUUCCUGGGGCCAGACCCAUUGGGUGUCCAUUCAGGUACCAACUUCCUGAACUUGGGUGCCAGGCCCAUUUCUUUUGAAGCCAUGAACCAGGCUUUCUGGAAAACCUACAAAACCAAGAUGCUACAGACCCUGAGUGGGGAAUCUGAGGAGGACCUGGCGGAGGAGAGGGAGAACCCGGUGUUAGUGCCAUCUGAGACGGCAGAACCCACUGAAGAGGCCUUCAAUCCCAUGUCACAGCUGGCCCGCCGGGUUCAAGGGGUUGGGGUGAAAGGUUGGCUGACAAUGUCAUCUCUGUUUAACAAAGACGAUGAGGACAAGCUGCUGCCACCGGAGCCCUGUGCUGAUCACCCUCUGGCGGCGCCGCGCCCCCCGCAGGCCUCGGCGGCCGAGGAGGCCGCGCCGCGCGGGCCGGGGCUCUGGGACGCGUUCGCCAGCAGGUGGCAGCAGCAGCAGGCGGCGGCGGCGUCCAUUCUGCGCGGCGCCGAGGCCGCCCGGGAGCCCGACCCUGAGGCCGGGGAGGAGGCCGCGGAGGACGCCGUCGAGCGUCGCGAGCCCCGGGAGGCUGACCCCGCGGCCGGCUUCAAGUGGGGCUUCCUCACCCACAAACUGGCCGAAAUGAGGGUGAAGGCUGCACCCAAGGGCGACUAGCCGGCCGGCCGACCUGAGCCCCUGCUCUUCCUCCCGCUCCCAUAAACACCCUGGCCGGA